GUCCUAGCGGAGAGGUGUGUCCCAAAAACUGCCUGACUAAAUAUAGGAACCUGUCCUGCUCCCAUUGCACCGAUAUAGUGUUUAGACGUUUAUAGCUGCAUUUGAUCUGGUGUACAUUUUAUUUCUCAAUAUUACGUUGACAAGGCGCUUUGUUUGUUUGUUUAUUUAUUAAUUUUGCUAUCGACAAGCGCAAAUGGCGUUCAGCAAUAACACCUAAAAAUGCUAAAAACAAUCCCCUACUAGCCUUUAGGCUAGCUGCUUCAGUCAUUCCCUCCAGGGCAGCAGGUUUAGUUGGUGGAAACAUUAAAAUGUCCGCCUUCUCUCUGUCCUGCAGGAGGAAACUCCGGCUGAGUGUAGAUUACAGCAGAACUGUGCUACAGAAAGCCGCCUCUUGUUCAAACCAACCUUCCCAGCGUGGACAGCGGUCUCAGAGGAGGAGGGUUGUUAUUACUGGAAUAGGACUGGUGUGUCCCCUGGCCACUGGCACCGCUCUGGCAUGGGAUCGCCUCGUCGGGGGCCACAGUGGCAUUGUCGCCCUGGACUCUGAGGAGUACAGGACUGUCCCCUGUAAGGUGGCCGCCGUGGUCCCCAGGGGGGCCGACGAGGGCCAGUUUAAGGAGGAAACAUUUGUAACACGCGGGGAGCUGAACAGCAUGUCCCCGGCCACCGUGAUGGCCCUCGGAGCCGCCCAGCUGGCUCUUGAGGACUCGGGGUGGUGCCCCCAAAGCCCGGAGGAGCAUCUCAGCACGGGGGUGGCUGUAGGCAUGGGGAUGGUGUCGCUGGAUGAGAUCGCCCGCACCUCCGCUGCUUUCAGGGAGAGGGGCUACAGCAGAGUGAGCCCCUUCUUCGUGCCGCGCAUCCUGGUGAACAUGGCUGCGGGCCACAUCAGCAUCAAACACCGCCUGAAGGGUCCCAACCACGCCGUGUCCACGGCCUGCACCACUGGAGCGCACGCCAUCGGGGACGCAGCCAGGUUCAUCGCGCACGGGGACGCAGUUGCUAUGGUUACAGGUGGAACAGAGUCCUGCAUAGGACCCCUGGCCAUUGCCGGCUUCGCCAGGGCCCGCGCCCUCGCCACCAAAUGGAAUGACAACCCCCCGCUGGCCUCCAGACCUUUCCAUCCGGACAGAGACGGGUUUGUGAUGGGAGAGGGUGCGGCCGUGUUGCUGGUGGAGGAGCUGGGGCAUGCAGUGGGAAGAGGAGCCAGGAUCUAUGCGGAGGUGCUGGGCUAUGGGCUUUCAGGGGAUGCUGGCCACAUCACUGCACCCACUGCAGACGGAGAUGGAGCCUUCAGGUGCAUGUCUGCAGCCCUCAGAGAUGCUGCGGUCUCUCCGGCAGACGUCACAUAUGUCAACGCUCAUGCCACCUCCACGCCUUUGGGUGAUGCUGCGGAAAAUGCAGCCAUUAAGAGGCUCUUCCGGCACAGCGCAGACGACCUGGCUGUUUCUUCCACCAAGGGAGCCACGGGACAUCUGCUUGGGGCUGCUGGGGCUCUGGAGGCGGCGUUUACUGCUCUGGCCUGCUACCAUGGGGUGCUGCCCCCAACCCUCAACCUUGACCGCACCGAGCCUGAGUUCGACCUAAACUAUGUUCCCUGCACGGCUCAACCAUGGAGGACUCUGGGACGACGGGUCGCGCUCACAAACUCCUUCGGAUUUGGCGGCACCAACGCAUCAUUAUGUCUCAGCAGUUUCUCACACUAGACUGACCCAGUUGUUGACUUUUGACUCAAGUGUAAUAAAACCAAGUUCCACGUCUGUUGAGUUCUAAAAUAACCCAAUAUUCUUCAGCAGAGUUAAUACUUCAUGGAGUUGUUUUUAAAAAGGCCAACAAGCUCUCUUGUGAUUGAGAGGAUUUGGUACAGCGUGACUCUAAAGUUGUUCCCCCUGAACAUUUUAGUGUGGUUGAGCUGUGACGACUGCAGAACCCUAGUUGUUUCCUUUUUAAUGUUUAUGUUGUAGGGUUCCAUUAACUGUGGCUGCAAAACAAUCUUAAGUCAACAGUCCUCCAACACUGUCCAUUGCUGUUAUAAUGUUAUACUUUGGUUUUCUGCUACUAUGACACUGGGAAAUAUGACUGACUUUACAUUC